UUGUAAAACGUAUGUAAAGCAUCCAGAAAAAGAAAUAUGUCAAUGUGGUCGUCUAAAACCAACUCAUAGUUAUACUACACUUGACAAGUUAGUUUUAAAUGAAAGAACUGAUAUUAAUGUAAAAUGGAACGAAGGUCGCGAUUCAAGCUCAGUACCUAUUAAUGUCUAUGGUAUUAGAUCAUCUAAUGGUCCAAAAUUUAUUCGUUGUGAUAAUCGUACCAAACUAUUAUCAUUAUAUAAUUUAAUUCUCAACGAUUGUAAAAAGCAAGAACCAACUUUAUUAAUUAGCGCGUAUGGUGGUGCGAAAUAUUUUACAUUGAGUGAACGAUUAGAAAAAGAUUUUGUUACAGGUAUAAUCGAUUUAGCAACUCGAGCAGAUGCAUGGAUUUUAACUGCUGGUGUAAAUAAUGGGGUAGCAAAUUUAAUUGGUGAAGGUAUUUCACAAUAUAGUAUUUUAAAACAAUCUUCAAAAUCUAUCACAUGUAUUGGUCUUACACAAUGGGGUAGUAUAACUGAACAAACACGAAUGAAAUUGAAACAAGAAACACAUGAUUAUCCUGAAGAACUCAAAUCUAUUGAACAAACAGAUCCUAAUACAGAAGAAGAUAAAGAAAUAUUGGAACCAAAUCAUACACAUUGUUUGAUAUUAGAUAAUGGCGAAUUGAAUGGUCAUCUAAGUGAUAGACCAAGAGCAGCAUUUGUUGAAGAAGCAACGAAAAAUGGAAGUUGCUAUGGAGUAACAAUUAUCGUUGAAGGAGGUUUAAAUACUUUGGAAGUAGUACAAGCUGAUGUACAUGCCAAACGACCUGUUGUCCUAAUACAAAAAAGUGGUCGAAUGUCUGAUGUAUUAGCUAAUUUAAUACAAUUAACAACAAGUACUGAUCGAUCUAAACAUAGAGAACCAACGGAACUUGAAAUAGAAGAGAAUCUUAAUGAAUAUUUUCCUAAUCUAAAAGAAGAUAAAGACAAUAAAUCUACUCGUAUUACACAAAUCAUUGAUAUUAUGAAAAAUGUUCAUCGUAAUUUAUUGCAUGUAUAUCAACUCGAUGCAGAACAAAAUAUUUCCGAAAUAAUAUUUCAAGCUAUUUUCUCAGCUUAUAAAGACAAUCCUGAUGAUAAAAAACGUGUUCGUUUGCUAGAUUUAUCUAUAAGAUGGAAUUUUUUAGAUGGUGCAAAACAAUUACUUGAAAUAAAUAAUACUAAAAGAGAAAAAGAUGGACGAACAAAAGAUAAAUCUCUUCUAGGUGAUUUAUUGAAACAAGCUUUAGAACAAAAUCGUCCAACAUUUGUCGAUUAUUUUCUUCGUUGUGGCUAUGAUCCAAGAGAUUUACGAAAUGUACCAUGUCAAAAUUUGACAGCAGCUUUUACGACGACGAACUUAAAUAAGGCAACAUUAUGUCAAAAUUUUGUUAUGAAUUUAUACAAUCAUAUCAAAGAAAAUGCAAAUGAGUAUCACAACAAAGAGCUAAUGAAUUUAUUUGUUGGUGAAAAAGAUGAACCUUUAAAGAAUAUUCAAAUAUUGAAUCAAAAACUUCGACAAUGGCUUGGUUCAUAUAUUGAUAUAGUUUAUAUACCUCCCUCAAUAUCAUCAGAGCUAAUAUUAUCUUAUAAAAAACAAUUCAUUAAAUUAUUUAAUAAUCAAAUUCAACAUGAUGAACCAAAGAAUAAUGUACCUUUAACAGAUAUUAUUGUUAAUCCUAAUGAUAAUAUAGGAAUAGGACUAACUGAUAAUUAUUCACAACAAGAAAUGUUAAGAGAUUUACUUCUUUGGUCGAUAUUUAUGGAUCUUAGUACAAUGACUAAAAUAAUUCUAGUUCAUAUGAAAGAACGAAUUUGUGCUUCAUUAAUUGCAGCAAAAAUUUUCAAGACUUAUGCUAAAGAAACACCAAUAAUUGAUUUAAAAGAUAGAUUAAAUAAACAAGUAGCUGAAUUUGAGACAUAUUCAGCAAAAUGUGUUAAUAUAUGUUAUGAAAUAAAUGAAACAUUAACAUGUGAAUUAUUAAUGCGAGAAAUACCAUUGUUUGGAAAUGUAACAUGUAUGCAAGUUGCAAUUUCAGGAGAAAAUGCAAAAUUUCUCGAAACAGCAUGUUUUGAUCAUGUACUCAAUCAAAUUUGGUACAAUAAAUUAGCUUUAUCAAACAUAUCUCUUUCAUCGAAAUUUCAACUAUUCUGUAGUAUGGCAACACUUGGAUUUUGUGCACCAAAAUUAUUAAGUUAUCGAUCAAAAGACGAACUUUAUUUAAAUGUAAGUAUUGAUUUUGAUAGAAAUUAUAUAAAUAGAAGAGAUUAG